AUGGAAAGUAAACUAUAAAAUUUUGAGAUCCUAAACAAAUUAGGUAAUAAUGAAUGCUUGAUUUUGUAGGUUCUGGAGCUUAUUCAUCUGUGUACAAAGUGUAAAGGAAGUCUGAUGGGAAAUUAUACGCUUUGAAGAAAGUAUUUGGAGUGAUUUACAGGAAUAGGUGAAAUUGAUGGAUAUAGGCGAUAGAGAGAAACAGAAUGCAUUGAAUGAAGUUCGGUUCAUAGCAUCAAUUCAUCAUGAGAAUGUUGUUUCAUAUAAGGAAUGCUUUAUUGAGGAUAAUAAUUUAUGGUAUGGCAGUUGUUAUAAUAAAGUAUAAUAAUGGAGUAUGCCGAGUAAGGAGAUUUAUUAUAAAAGAUUUAAAGAUAUGUAAAAAAACAAUAGAUGAUUCCAGAGUUAGAAAUAUGGCAAGUGGCAAUAUAAGUGUUAUAAGGUUUAAGAGCAUUACAUCAUAAAAAAAUAUUGCAUAGAGAUUUGAAGUGUGCAAAUAUCUUCUUGUACGAAAAUGAUCAGGUAAAACUUGGUGAUUUUAAUGUAUCUAAAUUGGCUAAAAAUGGACUUGUCUAUACAUAAACUGGUACUCCCUAUUAUGCUAGUCCAGAGGUUUGGUAAGACAAACCUUAUGAUCAUAAGGCAGAUAUUUGGUCUUUAGGAUGUGUCAUUUAUGAAAUGUGUGCUUUGAAACCGUAUACUUAUUCCUAUAUUCUAUUAUUAGACCCUUUAGAGCCAAAGAUAUGGAUGGUUUAUAUAAAUCUGUAUUAAGAGGACAAUAUUAACCAAUUCCUAUUCUCUAUUCUUAAGAAUUAGUAUAAUUGAUCAAAAGUAUGAUGUAAGUUCAACCUUCAAAUCGUCCAGAUUGUGGUAUUCUAAAUAUACUUAUUAUUAUUUAGAUAAAUUACUUCAGUUACCCUUCAUUUAAAAGAAAGCCAAAUAAUAUGGGAUUUCUUUGAUUAAUGAUGAAAUCGAAGAUGAUUUAUUGAAGACUAUUAAAUGGCCUAUUACUAGAAAAGGCUUAUAAGCAAAUAAAUCUGAACUCAUCAAUUUAAAUUGUUAAUUACCUGGUAGUAAUUAUUUGAAUUAACACAAUUCCAAUCAUAUUAAGAGAAAAGAUCAAUCUAAUAGAAUAAGAUCUUAGGAUACUAAUGAUUCCAUAUCUUUAAAUUAACCUAAUGAAGCUUUACAUUAAUUGAUGAAAUAAAUUACUUAAUUGGAUUAAAAAGAAGUAGAGAAAACUUCUAAUGUUAAUCCAAAUUUAAAUAAAUCUAUAUCAAAAUAGGCAAUCUAAGAAAAUAUCUUACCGAUUGACCGAAGAUUACGAGUAUCCAAUUCUACUCAUGAAAAGCAUGAAAGAUAUGAACCAAAUUAACAAUCGUAAAUUAUUAAAUAGAAUCUCUAGUAAAUGUGCAUCUAAGGAUAGACUAGACCAUCAAAUAUAAAUCAAUUCUAAUUAUUAUGCUAAAGAUGUGAUCCAAUCACUUAAUAAAUAGCAUUAUUCAUAAAAAUUACCUAUGAUUAGUGGCACUUAAAGACAAGAGGAAGAAUAUAUUUUAAGGAAAAACUCUUCAAAUGAAAGAAAUCCUAGUAGUUAUCUUAAAAGAUCACAACAUGAAACUUAAAAGAAAGAUUUAUCUAUGUAACCUAGUGCUGAUAGACCAACAGCUUUAAUGAAAAUAAUUGAGGAACAUCAAUAAUUACCUAAAAUAAAAAAGAAAUACUGA